AUGGCUUCUUAUCUAGAUUUCUUCCCUCAACAACCAGAAAGAGAACAACCAGAGCAACAGGAAUAUGAAGAAGAAGAAGAAGAAGAAGCACUGUCUCUCUGUGACCUUCCACUGAACCAUGACGUCACCAAAAGAUGCAGUGGUGUAGAGGUAGAUGACACGGCGUCGUCCAGGCAGAGUCGUCGAUCAUCCUUAUCGGAGGCCAUGGAUUUCUUCGAAUUCUUCAACGACGCCACCUCUGAUAUGCGCUCUGCUGACGACAUCGUUUUCUGCGGGAAGCUCUUCAAAGACACUGACCGAUCGCCUCCCAAGAGCAACAUGAAAGAUCUGAGCAGACCGCCGGUAUAUCGCCGGAGAUCCGAGUCUCUGUCCACGUUGCAAUCUGGCGUCACCCGAUCCAACAGUGCCACUACGUGUGGGAAUUCUCGCCGGUUAAUGAUGAGGAACAGCAGGUCCUUAGAUUACCGGAGACUCCACCGAUCUUCGAGCUCCAUCGUGAUGCCGGCGGCAGAAAUUGAGAGGAAUCCUUCGGUGAGGAGCGCUGUGCAUUCGGAUAUCGUAGUGAAGAAGUCAAUAAAGCCGCGGUGGUUCUUCCUAUUUUUUGGGAUCGUCAGGGUACCAUCAGAGAUGGAGCUCAGAGACAUUAAGAAUAGGCAAUUUCGUCGGAAUCCUUCGACGACGAUGUUUCCGACGUCGGACGGCAGCGGGAAGCUGGCGGUGAAUCGGAGUUCCAGCAAGGUGUCGUGGAAAAUACUGAAGGCAUUGAGCUGCAAGGACCAUACGAGUGUGUCCGUGACGACGCCGUUUGUGGCGCCGCAGACGACAUAG